AUGGAAGAGGCUGAGGAAGAGCAAGAGGAGGAUGAGCUCCCCAUGUACCAAGAGCACUACAAUGCUCUCUUCUCCAUGGACUUUGUGGAGACUAAGCACCCACACGAUGACACCAUGAGAGAUCUUGGUAUCUUUGAGGAUGUGGAGUUGGUGCUCAAGAACAUGCAAUUGGGGAAGUUCUUCUCUCACCGCAUGGAGUCUUACAAGGAGUUGACUUGUGAGUUUUUGGCGUCGAUGAAGCAUCACGAGUUUGAUGAGCUCGAUCGAGCUGAGUUGGACCGAGGCUGGGGGUACAUAACUUUCCUAGCAAAGGGAGAGAAGAAGAUGGUGACCUUUAGGCAGCUUGAGAUACUGUUUGGGUUCACCUAUGGAGAAGGUAACCUGUGGAACAUCAAGGAAGAAGAACUCCAAAGAGUAUGGGCUACAAUAGCUGAAGAGGGGUACUCUUCCUCAAGGUCCAAGGCUGCCCAGAUCAGAAGUCCUGUGCUUAGAUAUGUCCACAAGGCUCUUGCAAACACCUUCUUUGCAAGGAAAGCCACUGGAACAAUCAAUGAGGGAGAAGUGAAGCUCCUUACCAUGGGAAUCAAGCCUAUCAUCUCACGAACUAGGGAUGGGAAGAAGAUCAGAGGAGACAGGGCACACGCAGGGAAUCUCAUGCCUCUCCUUGAGCAGCUCCAAGCCUACAAGGUCACAGCUUACAACACUAGGCACCAAAGAGGAAGAAAGCUUAGUGUUGGAGGGGUGAUCACACCAAUUCUUUGUGCAGCAGGAGUUCAAGUGGACAAGAGAAGGUCUACUCCACCAGGUUGGAUGGACAUCAAGUUUUGCAAGACCAACCUCCUCAUUGAGCACAAGGAGUUGGAUGGGAGAUUCCAAUUCAAGUUCACCCACCCCACGGCUGGACCUCCAAGCUUCUUCUGCCCAACCCUGAGCUCACCACGGUCCUAG